AUCUGCUUCAUCCAAACCGUCGGCAUGGUUAAGUAUAGAACGAGUCUUGUUUCAUCCCCACAUUCGAUCGCAAGGCAUUGUAAUUUGUUACUACUACUAUGACCGCACCAUCGGGGUACGCCAGCGACAUCUCUACGAAGAUAUUGAAGGAUCAUCCAAAGAAUGUACCGGUUCCUCCAACGUUCUCUGAUGCACUUGAACAUCGAGCGUUUCUGAAAUUUCGCUUGGCUCAGGCGUAUCGUAUCUUCGCAAAGUACGGCUAUGACGAAGGCGUUGCAGGACAUAUCACUGUCCGGGACCCCAUCAGGCCGGAUUGCUACUGGGUCAACCCCUGGGGUGUUCACUUCAAGCUCAUACAGCCUGAGCUUCUCCUUCUCGUAGACCAUGAAGGAAAGAUACAGGACAAGGAGUCCGGACCCUUUCGGUUCCUCAACCGAUCGGCAUACAUGAUUCAUUCAGCCAUUCACGAAGCUCGUCCGGAUGUCAUCUGUGCUGCGCAUUCGCACACUACGUAUGCCAAGGCUUUCGGCUCCCUUGGGAAGCUCCUUGAUCCCAUUACUCAGGACAGCUGUGCGUUUUAUGAGGAUCAUACGUUGUAUAGCGAAUUUCGUGGCAUUGUCGAGGAUCGCGAGGAAGGUCUGGCUAUAGCAGCUGCUCUGGGUUCAAAGAAGGCUGCUAUCCUCCAGAACCAUGGGGGCCUUGUUGCAACCAAGUCGAUUGAAUCUACCAUUUUCUUUUUCAUCUCUUUGGAAAAGUGCUGCAAGGUUCAAAUGAUAGCAGACCAGGCCGCCGCCGCUCUUGGACAGAGACCACGUCUUAUUGACCAUGCAAGUGCGGUCAAAACACGGCAACUUCUUGGAUCUGAGCUAGGUGGUUGGUUCAGUGGGGUUCCCGAGUUUCAGCUCUUGGAGCACGAAGAAGGAAAGAAAUUCGAGUAUACGCCUGCACAUGAGUCGAACCUGUAGCUGACCUAUUUACCAAUAUGUAUUAUGGAGUCCUGA